AUGGCCGAGUCCCCCGGCUGCUGCUCCGUCUGGGCCCGCUGCCUCCACUGCCUGUAUAGCUGCCACUGGAGGAAAUGCCCCAAAGAGAGGAUGCAAACCAGCAAGUGCGACUGUAUCUGGUUUGGCCUGCUCUUCCUCACCUUUCUCCUCUCCCUGGGCUGGCUGUACAUCGGGCUCAUCCUUCUCAAUGACCUGCACAACUUCAAUGAAUUCCUGUUCCAACACUGGGGACACUGGAUGGACUGGUCCCUGGCAUUUCUGCUGGUCAUCUCUCUACUUGUCACAUAUGCAUCCCUGCUAUUGCUCCUGGCCCUGCUCCUGCGGCUCUGCGGCCAGCCUCUGCAUCUGCACAGUGUCCACAAGAUGCUGCUGCUCCUCAUCAUGCUUCUUGUGGCCGCUGGCCUCGUGGGACUGGACGUCCAAUGGCAGCAGGAGUGGCGUAGCUUACGUCUGUCACUGCAGGCCACAGCCCCGUUCCUUCAUAUUGGAGCAGUUGCUGGCAUCACCCUCCUGGCCUGGCCUGUUGCUGAUACCUUCUACCGUAUCCAUCGAAGAGGUCCCAAGGUUCUGCUACUGCUCCUAUUUUUUGGAGUUGCCCUGGCCAUCUACCUGGCCCCACUGUGCAUCUCCUCACCCUGUAUCAUGGAACCCAGAGACUUACCCCCCAAGCCUGGUCUGGUGGGACACCGAGGGGCCCCCAUGCUGGCCCCCGAGAACACCCUGAUGUCACUGAGGAAAACAGCCGAAUGUGGAGCUGCUGUGUUCGAGACUGACGUGAUGGUUAGCUCUGACGGGAUCCCCUUCCUCAUGCAUGAUGAGCACCUGAGCAGGACCACAGAUGUGGCCUCAGUGUUCCCAGCCCGAACCUCCUCCCACAGCAGCGACUUCUCCUGUGCUGAACUGAAGAAGCUCAAUGCCGGGACCUGGUUCCUAGAGAGGCAACCCUUCUGGGGGGCCAAACGGCUGUCUGACCCUGAUCGGAAGGAGGCUGAGAACCAGACAGUCCCAACAUUGGAAGAGCUGCUGAAGGAAGCUGCAGUCCUUAACCUUUCUAUCAUGUUUGACUUGCGCCGCCCCCCACGAAAUCACACAUACCAUGACACAUUUGUGAACCAGACACUGGAGACUGUGCUGAGUGCAAGGGUGCCCCAAGCCAUGGUCCUUUGGCUACCGGAUGAAGAUCGGGCUAAGGUCCAACAACGGGCACCUAGAAUGCGCCAGAUAUAUGGACAGCAGGGAAGCAACAGAACUGAGAGGCCCCAGUUUCUCAACCUCCCCUAUCAAGACCUGCCACUGUUGGAUAUCAAGGCACUACACCAGGAUAAUGUGUCGGUGAACCUGUUUGUGGUGAACAAGCCCUGGCUCUUUUCCCUGCUCUGGUGUGCAGGGGUGGACUCGGUCACCACCAACGACUGCCAGCUGCUACAGCAAAUGCGUUACCCUGUCUGGCUUAUCCCCCCUCAAACCUACCUAAUGAUGUGGAUCAUUACCAAUUGUGUCUCCACCCUGCUGCUUCUGUGGACCUUCCUCCUGCAAGGGAGAUGUAAGAAGGAGAGAGAGAAAACUGGCUUAGAAACAGCAGUGCUGCUGACCAGGAUCAACAAUUUCAUAAUGGAGUGA